UUCCCUCCUGGCUUUCCUCUUCCCUCGGGAGGGGAAGGAUUAUCAGGUGUGUGUCUGCUCCCGGGGAGGAUGGAGGCAGCCACCGCUACCUGCGGGUCCCCCCCACCCCUAGGACAGAGGGAGGAGAUGGCCGUGGGAGGGGUCCUCACUCUAGCUCCCACCCGAAGCCCCUCCUAGCCACCCCCUCUCCCAGAAGGAAGUUCAGGCGGCCUGGUCUGACCCCUGCAGCUGAGGCUGGCCUGCCUGCCCCUCACACACGCCAAGCCCCUCUGCCCCUUCCCUUCCAUUCCCCAGACCAGUACCUAUGACUCUUGUCUGCCUUUCAGACACCAGGCAGCCUCCUUUGAUCUCUCCUUCAGUCUCACUGCCAUUCUGUCUCUGUCUCUGCUGGACAGUCCAGCCUUGGUCUCACCCCCAUCACGCUGUGUCUCUUCCUCCUCCCUAGUCUACUGGCUCUGCCCCCAACUCUACCCCCGCUUCCCUCAGCUCUGGCCCCCCACUCUGCCUCAUGAGCCCAGGUCCCUUUCAAGGACUUCAGCUGGCAGUGUGGGCCGGGGGCAGGUUCCUGCGGGGGGAGGGACUUGCAAGGGCUCUCAAGCCUGUUUCAGGCUGCACUCCUUGUGAUUUCAACCUGACCCUACACAACUCCACGCAUCCCAACCCCCGGGUUGUCAGCCUUUCCCGGGUGGCACCCAUCUCCUCCAGCCCCUGCUGCAUGUGCAACAUGGGCUUUCAUGCCCUCCCAGCACCCCCUCGCCUGUUUCCUUCCCCAGCUUCUCUAUUCAGAAUUGACUGGCUGGAGAUUUAUCAGCUUGGAGGGCUGGAGGUGAAUACAGGCAGAGCCGGGCGGAGGGGAGGACCAGACUGUCUGCUCUCUGUCUUCGUCUGGGUUCUGGGCAGGGGGAGUCUGGUUCCGUAGAGCGUCUACCUCUGGUUUAGGGAGGGUUAAGUGUUUCCUUGACCCUGAACGGCUACCUGUCCUGCAGGUGUGGAUCCAUGGGAUAGCCCCAGCAUGUGCCCCUCUGCCCCAGUCAGCUCAUGCCUCAGCACCUGGGGACAGUGAACAGAGCCCUGGCUAGAGCCCAAACAUGUGGGGCCUGGUGAGGCUCCUGCUGGCCUGGCUGGGUGGUUGGGGCUGCAUGGGGCGCCUGGCAGCCCCCGCCCGGGCCUGGGAAGGGGCCCGGAGGGGCCCAGGACCAGCACUGCUGCGGACCCGAAGGAGCUGGGUGUGGAACCAGUUCUUUGUCAUCGAGGAAUAUGCCGGUCCAGAGCCCGUCCUCAUUGGCAAGCUGCACUCGGAUGUGGAUCGGGGUGAGGGCCGCACCAAGUACCUGCUGACCGGGGAGGGGGCAGGCACCGUGUUUGUGAUUGACGAGGCCACAGGCAAUAUCCACGUCACCAAGAGCCUGGACCGGGAGGAGAAGGCGCAGUAUGUGCUGCUGGCCCAAGCCGUGGACCGAGCCUCCAACCGUCCCCUGGAGCCCCCAUCAGAGUUCAUCAUCAAGGUGCAAGACAUCAACGACAAUCCCCCCAUCUUCCCCCUCGGGCCCUACCACGCCACAGUUCCCGAGAUGUCCAACGUCGGGACAUCAGUCAUCCAGGUGACUGCUCACGACGCCGAUGACCCCAGCUAUGGGAACAGCGCCAAGCUGGUGUACACUGUGCUGGAUGGACUGCCUUUCUUCUCCGUGGACCCCCAGACUGGAGUCGUGCGUACCGCCAUCCCCAACAUGGACCGAGAGACACAGGAGGAGUUCUUGGUGGUGAUUCAGGCCAAGGACAUGGGCGGCCACAUGGGGGGGCUGUCGGGCAGUACUACGGUGACGGUCACCCUCAGCGAUGUCAACGACAAUCCCCCCAAGUUCCCUCAGAGCCUGUACCAGUUCUCGGUGGUGGAGACAGCUGGGCCAGGCACCCUGGUGGGCCGGCUUCGGGCCCAGGACCCAGACCUGGGGGACAACGCCCUCAUGGCAUACAGCAUCCUAGAUGGGGAGGGGUCCGAGGCCUUCAGCAUCAGCACAGACGCCCAAGGUCGAGAUGGGCUCCUCACUGUCCGAAAGUCCCUAGACUUUGAGACCCGUCACUCCUACUCCUUCCGUGUGGAGGCCACCAACACGCUCAUUGACCCAGCCUACCUGCGGCGAGGGCCCUUCAAGGAUGUGGCCUCAGUGCGGAUAGCGGUGCAGGACGCCCCAGAGCCGCCCGCCUUCACCCAGGCAGCCUACCACCUGGUGGUGCCCGAGAACAAGGCUCCUGGGACCCUGGUGGGCCAGGUCUCAGCCACUGACCUGGACUCCCCCGCCAGCCUGAUCAGAUACUCCAUCCUCCCCCACUCGGAUGUGGAGCGCUGCUUCUCCAUCGAGCCUGAGGACGGCACCAUCCGCACAGCUGUGCCCCUGGACCGCGAGGCUCGAGUCUGGCACAACCUCACAGUGCUGGCCACAGAGCUUGACAGCUCCGCACAGGCCUCCCGUGUGCAAGUGGCCAUCCAGACCUUGGAUGAGAAUGACAAUGCUCCCCAGCUGGCUGAGCCCUACGACACCUUCGUGUGUGAUUCUGCAGCCCCUGGCCAGCUGAUUCAGGUCAUCCGGGCUUUGGACAGAGACGAAGCUGGCAACAGUAGCCGUGUCUCCCUUCAAGGUCCUCUGGGCCCUGAUGCCAACUUCACUGUCCGGGACAACCGAGAUGGCUCUGCCAGCCUGCUGCUGCCCUCUCGUCCUGCUCCGCCCCGCCAGGCCCCCUACCUCGUUCCCAUAGAACUGUGGGACUGGGGGACCCCAGCACUGAGCAGCACUGCCACAGUGACCGUCAGCAUGUGCCGCUGCCGGCCCGACGGCUCCGUGGCAUCGUGCCGGCCCGAGGCUCAGCUCUCCCCCGCUGGGCUCAGCACCGGGGCCCUGCUCGCCAUCGUCACCUGUGUGGGCACCCUGCUUGCCCUGGUGGUGCUCUUCGCCGCCCUGCGGCGCCAAAAGCAGGAAGCACUGAUGGUGCUGGAGGAGGAGGACGUCAGGGAAAACAUCAUCACCUACGACGAUGAGGGCGGCGGGGAAGAGGACACGGAGGCCUUCGACAUCAGCGCCCUGCAGAACCCCGACGGCCCUGCGGGCCCCCGGCCUCCCGCGCGCCGGGACGUGCUCCCCCGGGUUCGGCGCAGCGCCAGCCCCGGCCCGGCCCGCCCGACGAUGUGGCCGAGCUCCUGCGCUGCGGUCCGGAGGCGACGAGUACCCCAGCGUGCGCCCUACGACUCGGUGCAGUGUACGGCUACGAGGCCGCGAUCGUCCUGUGCUCCUCAGCUCCCUCGGCUCCGAGGCCGGCGCGCGCCUGGCCCGCGGAGCCCGCUGGAUGACUGGGGGCCGCUCUUCCGCACCCUGGCCGAGCUGUACGGGGCCAAGGAGCCCCCGGCGCCCUGAGUCGGGCUGCCCUGCCGGCCAUGGUGGGGGAGCCCGCACCGGCCCUCUGAGUGAACCCCGGUGUCCAAGCAGGCGGCAGCAGCCCAGGGGCCCCAAGCCUUUUCCCCCUCCCUGUGUCCCUGGUCCCUGGUCCCCCAGG